CUAUGCUCUCAGUUCACAUGACGAGACUAGUGAUUAUUACUCAGUCUGUGAGGCUGUGACCGACAUCUAACCGUGUUUACUGAGAGUUUCUACCAGCAGGACGGUGCUUUAGGAUUACUAAACAACUCCUGUAUCCUCACACAGGAGACAGAGACACGUAAACAACAACAACAACAACAGGAAGAAGAGCAACAACAGUGACGUCUCAGCUUUAGAUAACGGUCCGUCACGUCAAGUGUCAGUUCUCUGCGUAGACCUACCUGCCUGCGCCUCCUGCAGCGGCCACUCAACACCUCCUCUCCGGGCUUUAUCUCUCUACUACAGGGAUAAAAAGAAGGAAACUCUAGCCUUGAAAGGAUGAAACUCUCUCACACUAUGGCCGUCCUCAUCAUCGCCUGGUUGGCGGUGUUAGGUUGCGUUCAGGCUGUUACUCUUGAGGUGAACGAGGGGAACUCCACCUGCAUUAAGGCUGAGCUCUCUGCAUCGUUCUCCAUCACAUACAACACCUCCAGCGCCACAAGAACAGUGCAGUUCUCUCUGCCUGACUCCACCACGGUCGAUGCAGGCACAAGCUCAUGUGGAACAAACGGCAGCUCACCGGGGCUGGUGGCGGUGUUUGGAUCCGGCCACGCGCUGGGGCUGAGCUUUUCAACCAAUGGGAGCCUGUACAGUGUCGAUAACCUGACGCUGCAGUACAACCUCAGCGACACUACCAUCUUCCCGGAGGCUAACAGCUCAGCUGUGGUCACUGUGGUGUCGGCUUCGGUUGGGAUCUGGGCGCCGAUCAACACCACCUACCGCUGCGUGAGCCCCUCUACUUUUGCAGUUGGUGGAGCAACUGCCACUUUCUCUGAUAUGAGGCUGGAGGCGUACAUGCCAGGAAAUGACCUGAGUCCAACAGAAAGCAUAUGUAUGGCAGAUCAGGCCAGCACUACAGCUCCACCUACCACUGCCAGUGCUGCAACAACCACAGCUCCAGCACCACCCCCUCCAGCACCAACUCCUCCAGGAACACCUGAGCGAGGCACCUACUCUGUAAACAAUAGCAACGGCACUGUGUGUCUCCUGGCCCAAAUGGGACUGCAGCUCAACGUCUCCUAUUUCUCUCUAUCUCGGAAUAAGACUGUCCAAGAAUUAGUCAACUUGACUCCCAAUCUGACAAGUUCAUCAGGAUCAUGUGAAGCCAGCAGUGCUUCCUUGGUUUUGACACAGGAGCGAAGCACCACUCUCAGCUUCACCUUCACUCUGAACUCCACGAGCAACAAGUACCACCUGAGUGGGAUAACUCUGCUUGCUAAUUGGUCUGAUGCCACUGCUCCCUUCUCAGCCAGUAACACCAGUCUGGACUACCUGCGGAGUACGCUGGGCCGCUCCUACAUGUGCAACGCAGAGCAAACUCUGGCUGUGGUACCAACCUUCUCUCUCAACACAUUCAGACUGCAGGUCCAACCCUUUGAAGUCACUACCAGCCAGUUUGCUACAGCGGAGGAGUGUCAGAUAGACCAAGACCAGAUGCUCAUCCCCAUCAUUGUUGGAGCAGCUCUUGCCGGCCUGGUGCUGAUCGUCCUCAUUGCAUAUCUAAUAGGCAGGAAGAGGAGCCAUGCUGGAUACCAGACCAUCUGAAUGGUCCCUCCUUUAUUUCACUUAAACCCGACAGACUGAGCGGUGGGGAGAUGAACCCAAGUGUGUGAGCGAGCAUGAGUGAAUGGAAGCAAUUGUUACUCUGUGGUGAGUGCAUGUUUUUGCAUAUCCUAUGUGACCUCUGGAUAUUUUUAUUUUCCUUUCACUUUCUCUGUGAGAUAAUGAUGAGAAGCCAAAGACCUGCUAGCUUUAGAUGGCGUGCAUCUUGAUGAAACCCGAGAGGACCGAGUCUUCAUACAAUCACGGAUGGAGGCAGUUUGAAUUUGCUGUAGCAAGUUCACCGUCAGCUGUUGUUCCAUUAAGUUCUAGGAAUUGGUUGAAUUUGCUUGAACUGCUGUUUUUAGCUAUGUAAUUAUUUAUAAAAUCUCAUUUAAUAUGCAAUUAAAAAGGCAGAGGGAGACUCAAAUGAACUGUAGGACAAAUAAUUUUUUUUAAGUUCCAAUGGCUUGUGUGUGCAAGUAAAAUCAUUUCAAGUUGGGUGGAGUUUUUUUUUUUUUAACUUAACAAGCUAAAGAUAAUCCUACUCUAAGAAAAGGGAAAGCCUUGAGUGUCUUUUCCAAUCAUAUGCCUCCACAGUGGAGACUGCCCCAAUAGUGCACUAAGGCACAGUUUAAUUCAGUAAAUUAAAUCCAGUCCGGUAAUUGUGAUUAUAAAAAGGCGGAGAGCUGCUUAAACUGUGUGUCGUGGUCCAGCUGUACACACAGAGUGCGACUGCAUUACUAAAAUGUAUAUAACAUCACAAGUGAACUGGUGGAUGGAUUAUGUUUCCAUUCUUGUUUUCCCCGACUCUCUCCUUAAAGAAAUGUUAAUAUGAAUCGUAGUGAUUUGAUCUUUUAUUUUUUUAUAGAAAAUGGUUUGAUCUCGUUUUCUAUUAUGCAUCUUACUGAAAGUUAAUAAAAAUCUUCAAAGUUCA